CACAAAACUGGAAUGCAAAUUGUGAAAGUCCAGUCCCCGCCGUCCGACGACUUACACCACCGCUCCAUUCUCCGUCGUCCGCUGCAAUUUUCACAUAUCGGAAUCAGCAGAGAGUGAGAGUCUGAUAACUACGAUAAAAUUCGAAAAUGAAGCUUGACGUAGAUGUUUUGAGAUACCUCUCUAAAGAUGAUUUUAGGGUUCUCACCGCCGUUGAAUUGGGCAUGAGAAACCACGAAAUUGUCCCUGCUGAACUCAUCGACCGAAUUGCUCGUCUCAAACAUGGUGGCACCUACAAGGUUCUGAAAAACUUGCUUAAACACAAGCUGUUGCAUCAUGACUCUACUAAAUACGAUGGCUUCCGCCUUACCUACCUUGGUUAUGAUUUUCUUGCCAUCAAAACUAUGGUCAAUAAAGGUGUCUUUGUCUCUGUUGGUCGCCAAAUCGGUGUUGGAAAAGAAUCUGAUAUAUUCGAGGUUGCUGAUGAAGAUGGAAAAAUUAUGGCUAUGAAGUUACAUAGGCUUGGUAGAGUUUCUUUUAGAGCUGUUAAAUCCAAGCGUGACUACUUAAAACAUCGUAGUAGUUAUAAUUGGCUCUAUUUAUCUCGCCUUGCUGCACUUAAAGAAUUUGCUUUCAUGAAGGCUUUGCAAACACAUGGCUUUCCUGUUCCAGAGGCUGUGGAACAUAAUCGACAUUGUGUAAUCAUGUCGCUUGUCCAAGGUUAUCCUCUCGUUCAGGUGAAGCAGUUACAAAACCCAGAGACAGUUUUUGAGACAAUUAUUGGUAUAAUUAUUCGGCUGGCAGAACAUGGUCUCAUUCAUUGUGAUUUCAAUGAAUUUAACAUCAUGAUUGACGAUGAAGAAAAAAUUACUGUGAUUGAUUUUCCACAAAUGGUGUCUGUGUCGCACCGUAAUGCAAAGAUGUACUUUGAUCGUGAUGUUGAAUGUAUCUUUAAGUUUUUCAGAAAGAGGUUCAAUAUGACUUUUCAAGAAAGCAUAGAUGAUAACGACAAUUCUAAUGAAGGGAGAGAGGAAGCUGGAAAACUCUGUUUUUCUUCAAUAGACAGCAGUGCUGGUUUUCUAGAUAAGGAACUUGCUGCUAGUGGCUUUGGUAAAAAAGAUGAGGAAGAUAUUCAAAGGUUUAUUGAAGGCGAGGUGGAGAGUGAUACAAAUUCUGAUAGUGAAGAUGGUGACUUGGUGAGAAACCUGAAUGAAGCAGAUGAUUUAAAUGUUGAUUCUUUACAUUUGUCGGAGCAGGAUGAGGGACAUGAAAGUCAUGGAAAAGAGGAGAGAUUUGAAGAAGGUGAAAACAGCGGAUCUGAAAAGGAAGAGGCGAGCGAUAUGGAGGAAAACAAUGAUAAUGCAGUGGGAAUUGAAGCUGAACUCACAAAGAGCUUGAGUAAGCAAAGACAAAGUGCUAUAGCAUCAGCUCGUAGGGGACGGAAGAAACUUGGAUCCAGGAAUUCUCACAAAGACAAGGGUGGUAGGUCAUCUCAAAAUGCUAAGGUUCAAAUGCAAAUGAGCAGCUGGUGAGUUAUAUUGGAAAACAAAACCCAUGUGAUUGACCUCAUGUCAUUCGAAUACGUUGAAGUGGACUUUAAAAUACUAAAUAUAUAUGUUCGAUGGCGUGCCAUCUAUUAGAACGGCUAAAUUAUCUGCUUAAAAUUCAAAUAUAUGUAUGGACUGUACUUCGGAGGUAUGGAAGCUGCAUAGAUUCGGUUGAGUUUUUUUUUCUCUUUAUCCAGGGAGAAUAAUUGUAUCUUUUUGAAUGAAAAUAUUGCCUUCCUAUGUAUUCUGUCGUUCUUGCAUGCAUGGUGAAUUGUUUAGA